UUGGACCAGAUAACCUACUUACUGACCGUCACUUCAUAAUUCUUCUUACCACCAUCAUCUUUACCUUGCCUAUAUCUUUAUAUCGAGACAUAGCAAAACUGGGAAAGGUAUCUCUUAUUUCUCUGAUUUUAACCAUUGUCAUCCUGAUUAUUGUGAUGGUGAGAACAGUAACAUUCAGUCCACAAGUACCCAAAUCAGCAAAUGCAUGGAUAUUUGCAAAAUCAAAUGCAGUACAAGCCGUUGGGGUGAUGUCAUUUGCAUUCAUCUGCAACCAUAACAGCUUUUUAAUAUAUGGGUCUCUGGAAGAACCCACAUUAAAGAACUGGUCUCGAGUCACACACGUGUCUGUCUCACUCGCUCUCGUUAUCAGUGUAGUGUUCGCUGCAUGUGGAUAUAUGACUUUUACAGGAUACACAGAAGGAGAUAUAUUUGAAAACUACUGUAGAGAUGACAACCUUGCUACAUUUGGAAGGUUUUGUUAUGGAGUUACGGUAAUUCUGACCUUCCCUCUUGAAUGUUUUGUGACCAGGGAGGUGAUUGCCAAUGUGUUUUUCCAUGGGAACCUCUCAACAGUUUUCCAUAUUGUUGUGACAGUAAUUAUUAUUGCUGUGGCGACUGGUGUAUCAUUAGUGUAUGAUUGCCUUGGAAUAGUUUUAGAGCUGAAUGGAGUUCUGAGUGCUACCCCACUUGUUUUUAUCAUCCCAACAGCGUGUUAUCUAAGGCUGUCCAAAGAGCGAUGGAACCAUUCAGAUAACCUCAUAUCCUGCCUGAUUCUUGCUGUCGGUGUGCUAGUGAUGACAGUUGGGUUUGUUUUGACUAUCUUGCAUCCACAAGAAUGUAGCCAUGGAAAAGAAAUGUUCUACUGCUUCCCUAGUAAUGUUUCUUUUCACAACAGUACACUUCCACCAUAG